AUGGUAGCAUUCAUGGCACUCAGCGACAAGUUCACGUCACCAGUUGCUCGCAGUGCCGCAACCGGUCAGCCAUACGAUGAAGAUGAGACUUUCGACAUUCUAAAUUUCCAGAUUGAGCAGUGGAGAAAGAAUUCUGUGGGAAACUUUGAUCUCAGACAGCACGAGGUAUUCGUCAUGACCCCAAUCCGCCGCAUACCAUCUUGGGCAGUCCUUCUCAACCUAAGAGCCAAUGCGGCCCACAGCAUGCUACUCCGCCCCUUUUUUUUCACCAACAAGCCUACACCUGGCAGCAGAAAGAACAUCGAGUCCGCCUUAAGGCUUUCAGCCGAGUCGAUCAGCAUCUUGUCGAAGCUGGACAAGGCCACGGAUGUCUACCGAAAACAACAGCCUUUUUACGUUCACCUGCUGGUUAGCGCAUGUGCUCUCAUGUCCCUCGUGAUUGCCCACGUCGCUCAGAAUCAUAGCACUCUAGCCCCUGACUUACCCGAGAGCUUCUCUGAUACCGUGAGUAAGAGUUUCAGGAAGGCUCUCAAGUUGGCAAAGGCAUACAACGGCGCAUCACGAGCAUCUCGCAAGCUAUGGAAGAGAUUAUUACUCAUGCGUGAACCUUUGAUGCAGCUCAAAAUCAUUUGCGAUGACGAAGAGCGCCCUAUGCGAGUACCAAAACGAGGCGCAAAUGUUAACCGCUCAUCCUGGGCAGCAAAUCUCGGCAGCGUGCAGACCACGGUCGUCAAGCAGUCUGGGCAGAGCCUGCAAGACCCAUUUUGCUUGGCGAGUUCGGUGACAGAGCCGAGAGUAGCAGAAGGCGGACUGGCGAACAAUGACAUCAACAUCGAAGUUAACGACGCAAGCAGCCUUUAUCCACCAUUCUCAAACGACUUCAUGCAAGAUUUGCCGUUUCUUCCCGGUUCAGCGGAUGCAGCUAACACCGGCUUUGAUGGAACUAUUGCUAGUCCAGCGGCGGUAUUUGGAGAGACUGGAUCAAUUUUCUGCGAUUGGCCGCUUGUGGACAGUCAGACAUUCUUCUCGGAGGGAGAACUUUUGUACGAGGAAUGA